AUGGUUUAUUAUUAUACCGUGAAUAAUAUAAAGUUAGUGAAGAAUUUAAUUGAUGAUUUUGGUUCCAUAAAUGAAAUGACUCCUCAUGAAUUUAUGGAAGCCUACAUAGAAAGUUUUCCAGAAAGUGGUGACGAUGAGAAAUUGAAAUGGAUUACGGAAACAUUCUUGGGUGUACAAAGACAUAAUAAGUUUUUACAAGCGAUUUCGAACAAUUUUUUUAGUCAAUUAUGCGAGGAAGACCAAUUAUAUUUCAUGAUUUUAUUUUAUGCAAUCACUUUUGAAAUGGAGCCGUCUAAUACAAACUCGUUUUACAAAUGCCUUUUCAAUUUAAGCAAGCCUGUACUACAUAUUUUUACUAAGUUUCUGCACGGCGACGAGGGAUUGAAUGAGGUUUCAGAAAUAGCUCAUCAAUAUUACGAUACGAAAUUCGUUACAAAAAAUAUAAUAAAACCACUAUUUGGUUGGCAACCAUACAUAAAGGAAAUGGGAUGCAAUUAUGCUGAACAUAUGUAUAAAAUAGAAAACAAAAAGCACAAACCACCAACGGUACCUCUAAAUCUCAACGUAUUGAAUCGAAAGGCAAAAUCUACCGUUGCAUCGGACCUCAAUGAUAACGUUUUACCUCCCCUAACUCCUCCUAAUUCUGUACAGAAUAAAAUCCGAAAAAUGGUAACUAAAUCCGCUAUUGAUAAAAAAUUGAAAUUAAUUCAUAUUAGAAAUCAAGAAAAGGCGACACUGUUGCUUAAUGAGGUAAAGAAAAAAAAUUAUAAUUAUUUAAAAACAAAAUCGAAGCAACCUAAGUCGACCAUUAAUGAAGAAUUGCCCAAAAAUAUUUUAUCACCCAUUCCCCAACACAAGCAUCCAGUACAACAAAGUCAUCCCGUACCUAUUGUUCGAGAGAAUGCUAUUACCAUAAAGCGACUUCAUAAGAGAGUUAAUGAUAUUGAACAAAAAGAAGUGCAGUGGCUAGAAAAUAUUCUUCAGUCUUGUGGAAAUGCUGCAAAAAUAGCAGAGCUGGAAGAGUUUGACAGAAGAGAACGAGAACGAGAAAGGCUUUUAGAAAUUGAAAAAAGGCAUUUACAAGGACAAAUUUCCCACGAAGAUGCUGCUAUAGCAAAAACCAUACUGAAGCAAGAGAUCAGAAACAAGUAUGAACAAUUUAAGAAAGAAAAAGAAAUAUGGACUAAAGAACUAGAAAAAUGGAAAACAAAUCAAAUAGAGAACAAUCGCAAACUUAUUGAAAAACUUUCUGUAAUCGAACUAAGACUUCUCGAAGCGAGAAAUAAUCUAACGGCAAAAAAGAAGGAAGCAGCUGAGAACAUUAAAAAAGAGACUGAAAUUAUGGUAGCCAAUGCAAUGAAAUUGAAAACUGAAGAACUAGAAAGGAAAACAACUAUGAUAAAAGAAAUAAAAUUACUGUCAGAAAUAGCAAAAAAGGCAAGAUCUCCCAAAAUUAUAGAUCUGACAGAGACAUCAGGUAUCGGUUUACUGUGUGAAAUGUCAAUGGCAGAGUUGCAGGAACGAUUAAAUGUUAUGAAAAUUGGACUAAAGGAUGAACUUGAACAGAAGAAAAAACACAUCAGCGAAGAAAACAUAGCCGUAAAAAAGGAUUUAGAGGACAGUAAAAUAAAAAUCAAAGAUUUUAUGAACGACCAAGCCCACAUGAGAAAACAAAAUAAAAAAACUAUUUCUAAUACGGAUAAAAUUCCCACAAAAGAAAUAAACGAUUUAAAGACUAUUUUAGAAGAAAAAAGAAAAUUACGAUUAAAAUUAACAAGUUAA